AUGCCAAAGCGACCAGCAGGCAUCGGCGCAGCUCAGAAGAAGUCAAAAUCAGCCAGACACGAGCCCGUUGCAUCUACGUCUGCACCACAAACGGACACAAAGACCGUCAAGCUCUCGACAGGGUUGAGCCCAGGAGCAGAACUCGAGCAGCUCCGCACAGAAGCAGACAAGCACGCGACAAAGGACGGCACCGGCACGGACCAAGACCAAGCAGACCAUGUGCGCGCUUUGCUCUGGGAAUGCGAGCGACUUCAAAACCUCGCCUCGUUGGAUUAUGAAGUGGCGACCGCGAUAGGCGCAGACGGAGAGACGAGCAGGUUGACACGGAAGGCUCAUCGUGAGAUCGUUGAGCUUGCGCGUACCAGAGUGCUCGACGAACACCAGGGCUGGGCGGUCUGGCAAUUAUGCUGUUUGCUCUUCAAAGAUGACGGUCAUCAUGGCCAGCGUCUCAAGGCAAACGAGCCUGGAGAUCUGCUCGUGUGGCUCACAGCAUCGUACGAGAAGCUCGUGGCAGCCUCUGUGCCGAUGUCUGCCUCACAAAGACGAGCGCUCCUCGAGCGAGCAAACGCGGUCAUUGACAAAAGCAUACACGUAUUCGAACAGAUCAGACCGUCAGGAUCUCUACCUGAGCAGCUGUCGGACGAAUCAGAGAGCGAGGGGGAUGGAUCGCUCCUGCCGGUGUCUCUGUUCUCGACGCUCGUCUCAGAGCUCGUAGAUGUCUUUGAAACACAUCAGGCGAUCAUUGCGCCGAAACGUCGUAGCAUCUUUGACGACGACGAGCUCAUCCGAGCCUCACAAGAACUUGCGAGUCACUUCGAACUGCUCAUCGGCAGAUUGUCACAGCCAUCCGACGAUGAUGGAGCCCAGUACAUCCAACUUGCGGAUGCCUGCACCGGAAUUUCCGACUUUCUCAUCUCUCGUGUACAAUCAGCCGUGCACAAGCCAGGCAAAGAAGAUGCCAAGAUUCUAUUGCGAUGCAUCGGCAGUAUCUGCUUGUCAGGCGGCUCUCUUAUCUGCGCCGCUCUCGUCCGUCUUGCUCAGCUCGACGACGAGACCGACGAGAUCGAAUUCGAUCAGAAGCUCGAUAUUGCCCAAAAGCGCUUGCCAGGGUGCUACCAGAUUGCUUAUGACCUACUCCUGACGGCCAUCGACGCCUUUUCGACAGGGAUUUCCUUCCAUCGAUGUGAAUGGGUGCCUUCCGAGCCGUUUACGUCCAUCUCUGAUCAUGAGCCUGCGGAUCCGGACGAAGCCGAAAAGGAACAAGAUUGGCGUGCUGGGUUGAGCGAGGCGUACUAUUGCCUGAACGCUUUGGAGCGACCAGGCGAGCAGCGGGAUAGAUGGUACACACGGGGCCUCACAACGUCAACACCGCACAGUAGCGAAGAGGUGAAUGGGGCAGAUGUACAUUGA